CUAAAACGAGGCUCGCCGCAAAUUUUAAAAACAAAAUUACGAUAGGGAUGUCAACAAAGAAUUUGUGUAUUUUAGUUUGAAUUCCAAACCGAAGAUGCAGUGAAAGGAACAGGUAACAAAAUAGGAGACGAAACACAGAAUGGAUCUUAAUAAAAAAGUUGCUCUACUGAAAUGGCUGGAUGCUCUCAGUGUGCGGUCAAUCAGUAACUUUGAAGAUCUUCGGGACCUUAGUGUAAUAACAGACAUUUUGUGCACCUGUGGGGAUCUGUUACCAGAUAGUGCUAUCCAGACCAGUGUGGAGAAGAGGCUAGACAGUGUUAAAACAUACAUUGAAGGAUGUUAUCAUCAGUCAUUUGAAGAUGGAAGUCUGAUAAAUUUCCAGCUGUUAGCCAGCAGUGUAAGGGGUGAUAUGUUUGAACUAGAGAUGGGAAAGCUGUUGCUAGCUCUGUUAGGCUGUGUGGUUCAAGACAAAGCUCGAGAAAGGUUCAUAGCACCUGCUCUAGAUAUGGACACCCAGAGUCAGUAUGAGCUGAAAGAGAUGAUUGAAUCCCUACUGUUUGUUAGUGAUACAGACACACGUCUACCUGACGACUUCUCUGAAGUUCUCAAGAGGAAAACAGAUUCCGUGUUUGCCAUGUAUUCUAACAGUCCACAGGCGGGUAAUACCAGCGGUAUCAACAUUCGUGACAUAUCGUCACCACUACGUGUUAUGUCUAUAUCCUCACCAGUAACACCACUCGGAGCACUGAUGUAUUCACCGCAGCUUGCACAGAAGAUAGUGUCGCGUGAGGAGGACAAACGGAAACAAAUGGAGGCGAUACUGCGUAAGAAGAUCCAGGAGUAUAAACGUCUCGACCUUGAGCACCAGAAUGAGAAACACCUUCGACAAGAGCUCGAGUAUGAUCUGGAACAAAGUGGACAGAAAAUGAUCGAAAAAGAUAACAAAAUCCGAGAACUUGAGAGACAGCUCGGGGAGGUUCGCAAGUUGAGGGAUAAUCAAGAUGAACUGGAGGCGUUGCGUAUAGAACGUGAGAGACUCGAAUCUCAUAUCAAAGAUUUACAGUCCCGUCUUAAUGAGCAGCAGGCCGUCAGAGAACAAAAUCAGAUGUUAGAAAGUGAGAUUUCCAACAUGUUGAAAGAACAGAAAAUAACCAGGGAUGAGCUGGAUAUGUUGAAUUCAGUGAAAAAGACGAGUGAAACAUAUCGUGUACAAUCUCAUAAACAACAGCUGACUAUUAAGGAGCUUGAGGCAUCCCUGGAGCAUCGUAACCAUGAGGUAGAGCAGCUUCAUCAGCAGCUAGAGGAAGUGAACAACAUGCGUCAAGUCUGUAUGGAAAAAUACAACUCAGUGAAAAAAGAGAAAGAAGAACUAGAGGAGUUAUAUGGUAACAAUCAAGGUGGCAUUAGUGCGGGUAUUCCUAUGUACAGUGGAGAGUCGAUGAAUGUUGUCACAGAAAAAAGAUUAUCAGAGUUACAGGGGGAGUAUGAUCAGCUACGAUCUACGUGGAUAGAUCCAGUCACACAUCACAGUGUCAGUGAACAACUUAAACAGGCAGAACAGGCAAAGGCAACGUUUGAAGAACAGUUCAUUAGAACAAAAACACAGCUGAUGAAUGUUGAGAGUGAUAACGAGAAGCUGACCUGUAGUGUGCGGCAGUUUGAAAGUCGUAUUGGGACAUUAGAAUGUGACCUCGCUAACACAGAAGAGAAGUGCCGAGGUUUGGAGAGUCAAGUAGGCAAGUUGCAGAGUAAUGAGGAUAGUCUCCAGGCAGUUGUUAAAAAUCUAAGACAGGAACUGUCGCAGCUACAGACCGAACUGAUGUUAACAAGACAGGAACUGGACGAUCAGAAGAAAGUCAGCGAGGAUCGUAGAUUAACAAUAGCACAGCUAGAUGAGGUAAAAACACACACGAUGAACUCAGAACACCAACUUAGGCAGAGUGAGCAGACAUUGAAAAGCACAAUACGUGAAUUGGAAAUAUUAAUAGACAAACUCAAAGGUGAAAACACUUUGUUGAAAGAUGAAAUGAAUGUACUGAAGGAAAAGGUGACACAUAUGGAUGAGGACAAUUCUGAAUUGUCUAUUAAACUUGAACAGGAAAGAAGUAUUAAUGCUAACACUGUGAAAAAGCUAAAUACCGAUCUUACUGAAGAAAAAAUGACCACCGAGCAGAUUCAAACCAGUUUGAAAAAACUGAACAGUGAAUACUCGGAAUACAGAACAAAAAUGGAAGCUAAAAUUGAAGAGCUUACAGAAACAGUGAGCGGAAUUUCCAAAGAAAAAAAUGCAGCAGAUUUAGAAGUACGUAAGCUGCAGCUGGAAUUAGAUAGCACAAAGGAAAAGUCACAAGUGAAAUAUGAAAGGUUAGAUAGGGAGCUUACAGAGCGUGAAACUCAGCUGAGUCAGGAAAUAGAAGAUCUGAAAAGAAAGAAUGAAGAUAUUGAAAGAAAGAGACAAAAGGUAGUGGAAGAGCUGCAGACUUCAACCAAUGCUGUUCAAGAGCAGACAAAAGAUAUCCAGAAAUGUAACAAAAAUAUUGAAGAGCUUAAAUCUAGAACAGCAAGUUUAUCUGGAGAUUUGGAGACGGCAAACAGAACAAUUGUUGAAUAUGAACACGAGAUUAAAUCAUUAAAGGAACAGUUAACUGAUGACCAGGAACAAGCUGCUCAAACCACAAAGUCAUUAAAAAAUCAGUGUGAUAACUUGCUAACCCAGUACAAUGAAGAAAAAGCCUUCCUGGAUCAGCAGUUAGAGGAGACAAAAGCUCAAGUUUGCAAAUUAAAUGAAGAGUUAAGGGCUGUUCAUACUCAGUAUAGUGAAGAAAAAGAUUGUCUUAAUCGUCAGAUAGAGGAAUCAAAGUCUGAGGUUUGCCUUUUGAAAGAAGAGUUGGACUCUAAAUUAAAUCAGUAUAACAAGGAAAAAGCAGUGCAUGCCAAAGACACAGAAGACACAAAGGCAGAACAUGAAUCUCAAUUGUGUGAAGUUAAUAAAAAACAUGCAGAUGAAAUGAGUGAAUUACAGGCUAAAAUAGAAAAAAUAAAUGAAACAAUAGAAGAUUCAAACAAAUUACAUUCUGAAAAGGUUGCAGAACUAGUGAAGACUAUAGAACAAAAAGAAAGUGAAAAGUUAGAGCUUGAAUUUUCAAAUAAUGAGAAGAGUACUAGGAUAGAAUCUAUGAGUCAACAGCUAGACUAUCUGAAAGGUGUUGAGAAAUCAAUGAACUCUGCCCUAGAAAACUUGGAAACAGAUAAUGACACAAUGAAAAACAUGAUGAAUCAAAGGGAGGAAGUGAGAAAGGAGUUAGAAAAGGUAAUUUAUGAAAGAGAUCAGGAAAUAGUUCAACUUAAGGAACAGAUUGCGCAGUUCACUGAACAAAUAGAAACAAAUUUAAGGGAUGCUGAAAACAAACUUGGUACACUUGGUACUGAGAAGAGUGAAUUAGAUUCACAGUAUUCCACAUACAGAACACAAAGUGAAAAAGAAAUGGAAGAAUUAAGACAGAAAUUAGAUACUGUUAUUUGUGAGAAAGACACUGAAGUAGAAAGUCUGAAAACUGAGAUUGCUCAGUUGAAUGAAAAGUUAAAGUGCCAGGAAGAAAGCAGUGAAAGUAAGCUCAAUGCUCUGAAUACUGAGAAGAGUGAAUUAGAGUCUAAGUUAUCUACGUGUAGUGAACAGACUGAAGCUGAAAUUGCAGAACUUAAGGACAAGCUGGUGGAAGUGGAGAGUUACUGGAGGUCACAGUGUGAACAGCUUGAGGAGGAGUAUGCUACAGGGACCCAAGAGCUGAGGGAAGCACACGAGAAACAGGUCGAGGAAUUAGAGAGAAUUUCAGAGGAUAAAGAUCUAUAUAUUAGCAGUCAGAAAGAAACUUAUCAACAGAAAACACAAUCGUUAGAAAAGGUUCUUCAGGACAGAGCUGUUGAAGUUGAUAGUUUGAAUUCAGCUUUAGCAAAAGAAAGUAACGAGAACAAAAGUAUUCAAAAUGAAUUACAUAGCUUGAAAGAACAAAUACAAAUUAUACAUGAGGAAAUGAGGAUUCAAAGAGAAGCUCAUGAGAAACAAAUGAAGGAGAUAGAGAAAGCUUCAGCAGAGAAAGACGUAUCGGCUUCUGAUAAGAAAGAGGAACUUGAACAAAAAAUCUGUGAUUUGGAAAAGAUUCUAAAUGAAAAGUUAGCUGAAAUUGAAAGGGUAACUUCUUCUUUAUUGAAUGAAACAAAUGAAAGAGAAAGAGUGCAAAGUGAAAAAGGUGCUGUCAGUGAACUGUUAGAAAAAGUAAGAGAGGAGAAGAAAAAUGAAAUAGAAUCACUUAGGAAACAGCAUUCAAACCAACUUGAAGAAUUGAGAAAUGGAAUGAAACUUGAGCAUAGAGACAUUCUUUGUAAAACAAACAAUGAUUAUGAAACAAAAAUAUCUAAGCUUCAGACUGAAAUCGAGGAACAGAGAGUGAACUACCAGCAGAUGGUGUGUGACAUGGAGGAAAAGCUUGGUGGGGAGAAUACAAUGCUUAAAGAACGACUCUCACAGAUGAAAUGCCAGUAUGAGACUCUCAUUGAGUCAAAAGAGAAGGAUAUUAAGAAAACAGCUGAAGAUUGGCAGACUCGGAUAGAAACUGUAAAAAACGAGAAGGAAAUGGCAGAACAGCAGUGUAAUUUAGAAAGAGAAAGAAAUAACAAGUGUCAAAGUGAAAUUAUGGUUUUGUCAAGUAAAGUGACUGAAUAUGAGAAAAUGCUGACAGAGUCUAGCAAUAUACAAACAGAACUGAAUCAGAAACUUGAAGCAGGGGCUGAACAUUUGAAAACACUUGAAACAGAGUUAACCUCAGUGAAAGAAUGUUUAAGUGCCAGUGAGAAGGAACUUUCUGGUUUCCGUGAGAGUAUGAGUCACGAGAAGGGAGAGAAGGAAGAACUGAGCCGACAGCUGGAGUAUACUCAGGAGAGGAAUGAUACACUGACAGGAGAACUCUCUAGUCAACAACAACAGCUAGCUGCUGUGGAAGAAGAGAAGCGUCAGUUAGAAAUACAGAUCAACCAACUUGUUGCUGCUCAGGAGGCUACCAUAGCUCAACUACGACAAGAAAUGGACACCAAGAUACGAAUGCUGGAACUAGAAAAAGCUGAACUUGAAAGGCAGUUGCAGUCUAGUCAGAAAUGCUAUGAUGCAAUGCAGAAAUCAGAAACAGAGCGACAACAGCAGGUGGAGAAAUUACGUGUGGAGAACGAUCGCUUGCAGGAGAAGAAUCGCGAGCUAGAGCAGCGGUUGCGAGCGUUCCUGGAGGACGAGCGUCACAUGAAGGAGGAAAAUCAGCAGCAACGUGAUCGCUGUACGGAACUCAACAACAGCCUGCAAACACAGAUCCGACAGUGUAACACUUUACAGGAGACAAACACUAAACUAAAACAAGAGUAUGAACACAACAUACGUGUACUUAGAGAAGAGAAGACCACACUUGAAAUUGAAAAUGCAGAACUACUCAAGGUUGAAGAAACUUUGAAGGCAACAGAGGCUGAGCGUAAGAAGUUAGAGGAGCACACAGACUUGUAUAAGCUACAUUAUAACAAGAAGAAAGAUAUCAUUGCUAAGCAGGCUGAACAGAUUGAGACACAGAACAAAGAACUUGACUACUACAAACGAGCGGAGGAAAAACUCAUCAAUGAAUAUACUCCACUCAAUGAUAAACUUAACAUGGAAAUAAUGAAAAAUAAAACACUAGGUAAACAGAUGCGAAGUCUCGAGACACAGCUGGACUUGGCAAACAGGAAGUUAAAAGAAUACAAACAACAACUUGAGAAGAGUGGCAGUGUGUUCCUUGGUGAUCCAUCUGACUUCAAUAAAAUGCUGACAUCUAGAGAUAACUGUGAUGAUGCCAGCUUCAUGGAGAAUCAUCCGUCGUCAGUGCCGCUGAACACAUCAGUGUUUGAUCAGGAGAAUGAUGAUACAUUAACCCCUGGUACACGAGCAAGUCGUUCCCGCAGAAGGAUCAGCAAGUCCGUCAGUAGUUCUACAGUCUCCAGUGUUGACAAUGCAGAUACAAUCAGCAUAGGUUCAGCAACAUCCCUGGCCUACAGACUGAGGUCCCGAGAGUCAGCAGUCAGCUUAAACAGAAGUAUUACCAGCUUUGACUCAUGCAAGUCUAAUGUUCCAAAAGGAACAGGAGGUAUAUUCCACUGUGAAGAUGAACCCAUGGAAUUUGAAUGGGGCCGUCUUGGUGAAUUAUCACGCAGGAACACAAUGUGUCCCUCACAUUUAAAAACUUCAUACCCUGUUGAGACGCAGCUCUACAAACCGUCAAGAUUCCGUGAUGACGCACUAAGGGAGAGCACUAUCAGUAAUGAUACUGUGAUAAACAUUAAGGGUCAGCAGCCUGGGAGUGGUAGGAAAAGAAAACAAGGUUGGGACAGUGCAGACUCCGGGAGUGAUUCAGCAGAUAGUAAAACAAGUAAACAGGCAAAGACUGGAUGUGUCUACCAGAAGCCAGGGCCUCCCACUCCUGCUAAUUCCCGUCGGAGCUCCAAAGGAUCAAAGUCACCAAACUCUCGGAGAAAUUCUGGGAAAGGUUCAAAUUCCAGGUCACCUCGGACCCCAUUGUCAAUACGUGGCAGGAGAACCCCUAAAAGAACGCCCAAAACCAACACACCUAAACGGAACACUACUGUGGACACUCGUUCAAAUAACGGCUCAGGCAAAAAGUCAACAAAGCGGGAGAGUGUUGCCUUCAAUGUCGGGUUCAGUCCACUUUCCCUGGGCCGCUCCAAUCGUCUCACACGUCAGCAGGCAUUCAUACAGAAGCAACCACCUUCAUCCUCUCAGCUACACAGGAGAAAUAGUAUGAGAAAAUGAAUGAACCCUACAUAAGAAAGCCCCUGGGUACACGGAACAUUUUACAGACUGGUGUAUGAACUAGAAAAGCAGGGUAUUGCAGUGUUUAUAUUAAAAUCCAGUUGGACUUCAAUGUGAAUAUUGUGUAAAGAACAGCUCAGUGUAAAUCUGUAUAUAUUGUGUAUAACCUAAGGUGUAUUCUUACCUUGCAAGUAAACAGAGUGUUUGACUUGAGAAAUAAUUUCUCUAACGAAGAAGGAGAAAACACAUGAACUGGCUUUUUAGAAAAUCCAGCAUGUAUAAAGAAAUAUUUAUAGAUUUUAUAGUGUAGUGAAUUAAAAUGUAGCUACCAAUAACCUGUUUUAAUAUGUACAUGGUUGUGUCAACAGUGAUAUGUUUUAAUUUAUAAAAGUGUUGUCUUUGCUGUAUUUUGUAGUCCUCAGUUUUCCCUCUUUUCUAAAUGUUACACUCUCUGUCUUCUUCUAAUGUGACACUUGUGUUGUAUGUAUAUGCAGUGUUAACCUAUAUUCAUAUUUGUUUUUCAAAUACAAUCUACAAGUUAUUAAAGUUACAAAAAUACAAACCAUUGAUCUAUGUGUGCACCUUUAGGUUACUUGGGAAAUGUUGAAAAUCUGUGACUUCGUAUUAAUAUAGAAAUUUAACUUUGUUUCUUCAAAUGGCACGAUAACUGCAGUCACAUUGUUGUUUUUGAACAGUGGCAUUACUUUUUUUCCGUGUUAUAUUUUUACCAUUGUAAAUAAUGUACUUAAGAUAUUAAGAUAGUGCUGUGAACAUGGACUGUUUAUUUUAAAGGGAUAGAAAGAAUAGACACUAACUUAUAUUUAAGGGACUAGAAUAUAAAAUAGAUAUAAGGCUCGUAAUCAUCAACACUUGAGCCGCACCAUGAGAAAAUCUACAUAGUGCAUUUGCGACCAGCAUGGAUCCAGACCAGCAUGCACAUCUGCGCAGUCUGGUCAGGAUCCAUACUGUUCACUAACAGUUUCUCUAAUUGCAAUAGGGUUUUAAAGCAAACAGUAUGGAUGCAUUGAUGACACUGGUCCCAGCUUUUGAUUAAAUACGUGAAUGUGCUUUAUUCUGCUACUGAUUCCUGGAUGUGUAACUGUAAGUGUUCUUUAUCCUGUGAGCACGUCUGUUGCUUAUGUCAGGGACAAAAUUAUAAUCAGGAAAAUUUGCUGUCCUUCAUAUCUAUUCAAGAAUAUUUGCAUUGGAUAAAAGAAGAGUAGAUUUUGUUGUUUGAUAUUAUAUAUUAGGACCUCAUGUUGAGUACAGGAAUUGUUAAGUUAAUGGGUGUAAUGUUGUCAAAAAUUUAAUACUCCUUUGUGUCUGUGACUUUCUCCAGUUCCUCAUUCAGUUGUCCUAGUAACAUAAUCUGUGUGUCUGUUUAUGUUAAUUUUUCUUUCAAAUAGGGCUUGCCUGUGUGUGAUUAUUCCAGAAAAGAAAGGAAAAAUGGAUGUGCUUUUAACUCGUACCAGGGAAUGUCUAGGCCUGGAUCCAACACACAUACUGAAUGUAUAGGCUGGUUUUUCAGGUAUUUGAAGCUGCCUGUGUUAUAUAGUUCGAGGCUAGACUGUUCAGUAUGUAUACACUAUUUCUUGGGGUUUAUUUUGGUGCUUUUAGUGAUCUCAAAUCAUGCUGAAAUUUUCAUCAUUGUUCAUUAAAUUUUUGUCACAUUUUAGUCAAAUGCUAUCUUUUACAGUAAUAAAAAAGUAUCUUGUGUAGUGAAAACUGACAAUCCUUUGACAUUAAUCUUUCAUAUUGUUCGACAAAAUUUGUCUGUAUCAGAAUUAAAUAUAUUUUAUAUGAUUUCAGUAUCAUUGUUACCAGAAAUUAGUACUUAUAAGUUCAUUUUUAUUAAAUGUUCUCUGCAAUUCUUAGAGACUGUGUAGAUCAGAAACUUAUAAAGGUGUUCUACCCUUGGCCUAAAAAAAUAAUUGUCAGGUUGUGCAUAUAUCAUUAUAUCAUUUUAUACAUCAUAUUUGAUUAGAUAUAGCUAUAAAUAAACUACAUGGAGCUUGUA